UGUGGGAAACAGGGGUGAUGGAGUAGGAGGGAGAGGGGUUUGGGCAAAUGUGAGGGAAAAGGCAGAAAUAAGGCAGAGAGAGGGGAACGGAUACCAGGUUUUUAAUGAAGGCUUGAUGAGGAGCUGGUAAUGAGAGCAGAGAUGAGGUUGUGAGGACCGGGGAGAUCCGUAGGGGCCAUGAAAUGGAAUUGAAGGAGACGGAGGGUCCUUGGAGCUAUGAACUGGGGGUUAGAAGGAAAGGAAAUAAGAAUGAGAGAAGGGAGAUAGGGUUUGAAGGUGGGAUAAGGGUUCACAGAGGGUAGGGGGAGAUGGGAUUUAGAGGGAGCUGAGAAACAAGAUAAAGAAGAGCGACAGGGAAACCAUGUUUUAGUUUGAAGGCAGGGGGGGAAUCCCAAUGAGGAAGAAAAAUUGGAUUUAGGAGAGAAUGGGGAUCAAAGCAGGGAUGGAAUCAAAGAGGGAAGGAGAUGGCAUUCGGUAGAGAAAGGUGAUCAGUGAGGGGAAGAUAUAAGGUUUGGGAAGGGAGAAAGGGGAUAAAAAAAAAAACAAGGAGAGAGAUGGGUUUUAAGAGAUGAGGGUGGAUAGUAUCAAUGAUAGCUUAGAAACUGAGGGAGGGAAACCAGGAUUUUUAGGGAAGUGGAGAUGACAGAGAGGUGAAGUGGUUGCGGGGGCAAUGGCUGCCACAGUAGGGGGAGAAAACUAAGCUUGAGAGAUAGAAUGGGGGACGGAUUAGAACUGAGUGUAAAGAGCAAGGCAGGUGGAUAAUAAUACUUAUUGAUUGAUUGGUUGAGAUAGCCUUAAAAUCCAGGGAAAUAAAAAAAAAAAAAAACUGCCAUUGAGAAAAGGCUUAAAACUGAAUAGAGGCUUUUGUAGGGAAGAUGGGAAACUUCAAUGAUGGGUUGAAGGGGAUGAAGGACUUAAGUAAAGUAAAAGAAGUUACAUAGGGGAAGGGCAAACUAAGGCUUAGGGCAGGGUAAAGAUUAGGUGGUGAGAGGAAGGUUAAAGUUGUAGGGGUUUAGGAAGCAAGAGGAAAUAAGGAGAUAGGUUUAAGAGAAGGGAGGUGAAUUGAGAGAGUGGGGAACAGAACUGGGGAAAAUGAGAUAAAGAGUAGGGAAAAUAUGUGGAAGGGAGGCAAAUGGAGCUUUAUGCGGGUACAGACCUGGGAGAAAAGACAAGGGAGGGGGGUGAUUAAGUGCCCUGUGUGGAGGAUGAUCUGGAGGUGCAAAAACUAGUGGUAAUUGAAAAGAAAUGGACUGGGAUAGGGAGCUGCUGGUGCAGAAGAGAAAUCAUGGUGAGUGAAAGGGGAAAAGAGAAUUUAGAAGCUAGGAUAAGAACUAAAGAGUAAAGACUGGAGGUGGGGGCAGGGAAUUGAUCUACCGAAUUCUUGGGUGAGAGGAGAGCAAUAGGGGAGGAUGAAACUGUUGAGUCCCUUUGUCCCCAGAAAGGCUAUAAUGCCUCCACCUCCCUUUUUACUCCCCAAGGAGUUUUUAAUCCUCUCCCACCGUUCAGCUCCUUUAAUCCUUUUGGUUUUAUGAGCACUAUUGAAAAGUUGUGGCCAACUUUGAUUUAAUUUUGGUUUUACACUGUAUGAAUGAUAGUGCCCCAAGGAUAGUGAUGAAAAGCUAUGCAUUUAACUUCUUUGGUAGUAAUGGGAAAACACGGUACUUAAUAAAUGUUUUUAUCUACUGUAUGGAUAGGACUGUUUUGUGUGAUAGUGUUGAUGUAUUUGCUGAAUUUUAUCAAAGGGACCAAAAUUGUCAUGUACUUUUGUUUUCAACUGAGAGUGCAGUAUUGUUGGGGUAGGAUAUGGUGAGAAGCUGUCACAGUUAAUUCAUGAAGUUGAAAUUUGGUUGUUUAGGUAGCUGAAGAAUGGUGAGAAAUCAGUUUAAAAAAAUGUGAACACCCCUGGGAGAGAGUUAACUUGUAUAAAGAGAUUUAAAUAGGGGAACUGAUUCCUUGUCUUUAACUUGAGUAGACUUGAUCACUGACAUCUCAAAAUGUUUUAGAAUGGAAAAUAGAGUAUGAGGAAAAACUUAGAAAAUUGGACUUUGGUUUUAUGUUGCUAAGGAUGUCCUGAGAAAUUCUAUCACUUUUGAAAGUCUCUGUAACAUAAUUGCAAGUUGUAAAAACUGCCUGACUUUGAGCUUCCCACUGCCUCCUCACUUCCCUUCUGUGAAUAAAUAAGAGUAUAAACAAAUAAAUAAGAAUAAAUAAGCUCAAUUUAUACAAAUCUCUGAUAUCUAUUAAAAGACCCUUUUGGAAAUUAAAGGAAAGCUUAAAUUUUAAGGCAGAUUUGGAGUUAUUUUAACAGUUUUCUUGUGUUGUUUAUUUUUAUGCCUUCAUUUAUAAUUGAGAAAUGUGGUAAAAACUCAUUUAUGUUUUUGUUGUUCACUUAUGUUUAAUUCAAAGGACAGCACAUCUCUUGCUUAGCCAAAAGUGAAAUUCCUAUCUAUAAAAUUUUUGUUGGCUUGAUGAAAGUGUUUUACUUAGCAUGGUUUCAAAGUCACUUAAAACUUGUUUCUCAUUUUAAUUUUGCUAAUUUCUAAUGAUAUACUCUUGAUAUACAAUGUAUUUUAUAUUAUAGAGAUUAGUGUUUACUUUGUAGAUUCUAGAUUCUUGAGCUCAAGCAGUGAAAGUUCUCCUGUAUAUAAAUACUUUAUAUUAUCUCCUUCAGAAUUAUAUUUAUAAACACACUAAGAACUGAUUUUGUUUCCUGGUUUCUGUUAAGCACAUAGAGAAAGUAACAUUUGAACAAAGGUUUCAGUUUUCAUGUUAACUUUUAAAAGGUCUCUUCCCCAGUUCAACAAAUAUUUAUUGAGUGCCUACUAUGUGCAAGGCCUGUGUGCUCAGUGCUGUUAGAUAAUAUUUUCAAAGAGAAAUCUUAACUGAAGCAUCUGUUUAAUUGAUAACUUUUAAUUUAGUGCCUUUAGCUAUAAAAUUUUUUUAUAUCUUAGUUGUUUUUGAGAUGGAAAUUGUGGCAGAUGUUGGCCUGUUGUAGUCUUUGUGUAUUAUUACCAUUUAUGAUGCAUUCAUUCUUGUACUAUUGACUGUUAACAUGUUUUAGCCUUCUAAAAUCUUACUAAAUGAAUCUUGCCUACAAAAAUAUUUGGGAAAAAAGUAAACAUUUCCCUUCACUGGUGCUGUAUUACACAGAUUCCUGGUGGUGGAGACACUUAAUUUCAAUUCUGCAUUUCUAAAAUGACUUUGUCUAAAAGUUGGUUCUUUAAUUCAAAUAGUGAUACUAAAUGGCUUAACGAUACUUAUACAUUUUCUUUUCAGUUACUAUAACCUACCAAAAUUACACUUUUGUUUAUAAUUUCAUUCAUCUCAUGUUUAUGCACAAAGUACCAUUAAAACAGUUUAUUCAAAUUUGAAUGACUAGGUGUAUAUAAUUAUGUUUCCUUGAUUAAUCAUAGAAUUUUAGGACUUGAAGAGUCCAUCUCUCCCACUUUAGGCAGGACCACACAGACCAUUGCUGAUCACUGAAAAUCUGUUUGAUUUUUUUUAAAAAGCAUCCAAAGGAGGAAGUUAUACAACCUAUACAGGACAGGAUCAAAAACCUUGUUAACAUCAUGAUAGAUUUCACCUAUUGCUUCAUCUUGAUCUACUUGACCUGCCAUUCAAUAACAUAUGAGAUUAGCCCAACAAGAUUUGGGCUUUAUCAAGUCAUACUUGUUAUUACAGAGUACCUACUUUUCUUCAAGGUUCUACCACUGCAUAAUUCUUCGAGUUCUGUCCAGAGAUCUGGCACAGUGGCUGCCACUAUUGCAGCUGGUCUCUAGAGAUCCUGAACUAUAGGUUGUGGAUUAAAAGAAGUCUAAUGAAUCUUUAGAAUAAUAUGGAAGAAAAUGAAGAUGGAUGAGGAAACUGAGGCCCAGCAAGCUGAACUGACUUUCCCAAGGUUACCCAGGUAAUUUUUGAAGCUGUGCUGUGUUUCUUAUGAUAAAGAUCUCAGUACCAAUUAAAUUCCUGAAGACCUGCCAGAUCCUAUUGGCUAAAAUGGGGAUUUGCCAGGCCCCAGGUUCUGAGUUACAAAGAAGAGGCAAUACAAAUAUGACUCAGUUAAAGGAGUGGAGACUUCUAUAAGACAUGGAUAGAUGCAAACAUGUAGGGCGGUUACGACUCGCCCAGGACCAUUCUAUCUUGAAUCCUCAGAAGUGGCACUGCAUGCAGUGUAAUACCACAGAGUCUGUCUGGGCAUGUCUGAAGUGCUCUCAUGUGGCUUGUGGACGAUACAUUGAGGAACAUGCAUUUAAACACUUUGAAGAAACCAGACACCCAUUGGCUAUGGAAGUCAAUGAUCUCUAUGUGUUCUGUUACCUUUGUGAAGACUAUGUUUUGAAUGAUAACCCUGAAGGGGAUCUGAAACUGCUCAGAAGUACUCUCUCAGCAAUUAGGAGCCAGAAGCAGGAUCUGUCUGUGAGGAGUGGUAGGAUGCUUCGGUCAAUGGCUUCAGGAGAAGAUGUGUUCCAACCUCAGCAGGCUCCUCAGGGACAGCCCCAGAUGCUGACAGCUCUGUGGCACCGGCGCCAGUGUCUGCUGGCUAAAGCGCUGAGGAUCUGGUUUGGAAAGAGCACCAGAGGCCAACAGAAACUAGAGCAAAGAAAGCAAAUAGAGGAGCUAGAGAAGAAGAAAGAGGCUGCAAGACAGCGGAGGCAGGAGAUGAAACGCCGCCUCCUUGAAGAGCUGGCAAACACCCCCCCCCGGAAAAGUGCAAGGCUGCUCUCUCAUGUUCACCAAGCGAAUUUGAUUCCCAGGAAGUUCAGAGAGAUAGCAACAAGUUCCCCUACCUCAAGAAGAGUACAGAGCAGCAAAUUCAAACCGUUUUAUUCCAUCCGCCGUAAGCCAAUGGUGACUCCUGGUGUAACAGGUCUUCGGAACCUGGGUAAUACCUGUUACAUGAAUUCUAUCCUUCAAGUGCUCAGUCACCUCCAGAAGUUCAGAGAAUGUUUUUUGACCCUUGACCUCUGUGAAACAGAAGAACUGCUUGCCAAAACAGCCAAUGGGAAGGCUCAAAUGUCAGGUAAAUUGGCAAAUGGAUCUCCUGCUGAUGAGUCGGCAAGAAAUGACAGAAUUGAGCCAUGUAAUAGGCAGGACUUACCCACUGGUUUGAAUGGUGGGUCCUCCAUAAAUAGGAGCUUAGAACUAAUACAGCCUAAGGAGCCAAGUUCAAAGCACAUUUCUCUCUGUCAUGAAUUACAUACCCUCUUUCGUGUUAUGUGGUCUGGGAAGUGGGCCCUGGUGUCUCCAUUUGCUAUGCUUCAUUCUGUUUGGAGCCUGAUCCCUGCCUUUCGGGGUUAUGACCAGCAAGAUGCUCAGGAGUUUCUCUGUGAGCUACUGGAUAAAGUACAGCAGGAGCUGGAAUCAGAGGGAACCAAACGUCGGAUCCUCAUCCCCUUUUCUCAGAGAAAACUCACCAAGCAGGUUCUGAAGGUGGUGAACACAAUUUUUCAUGGGCAGCUGCUCAGUCAGGUCACAUGCAUUACAUGCAAUUAUAAAUCCAAUACCAUUGAACCCUUCUGGGAUUUGUCCCUGGAAUUCCCUGAGCGCUAUCAUUGCAUAGAAAAAGGGCUCAUCCCUUUUAAUCAGACUGAGUGCAUGCUGACAGAGAUGUUAGCCAAAUUCACAGAGACGGAGGCCCUGGAAGGGAGGAUCUACGCAUGUGACCAGUGCAACAGCCGACGGCGUAAAUCCUCUCCCAAGCCCCUGGUUCUGAGUGAAGCUAGAAAGCAGUUAAUGAUCUACCGACUACCUCAGGUCCUCCGGCUGCACCUUAAACGAUUCAGGUGGUCUGGACGUAAUCACCGUGAGAAGAUUGGGGUCCAUGUCGUCUUUGACCAGGUAUUAACCAUGGAACCUUACUGCUGCAGGGACACUCUCUCCUCUCUUGACAAAGAGACCUUUGCUUAUGACCUCUCCGCAGUGGUGAUGCAUCACGGGAAAGGGUUUGGCUCAGGACACUACACAGCAUAUUGCUACAACACAGAGGGAGGUUUUUGGGUCCACUGUAACGACUCCAAGCUGAAUGUAUGUAGUGUCGAGGAAGUGUGCAAAACCCAGGCCUACAUCCUUUUUUACACUCAAAGAACAGUGCAGGGCAAUGCAGGAAUCUCUGAAACCCAACUCCAAGCUCAGGUGCGAUCCAGGAACAGUGAUGAGGACAGAAGACUGACAUUCCCCUGAAGGGAUCAUUGGUCACCCAAUGACCUCUGGCUUGUUAUUGAAACCAUCUAUGUUCACACAUCCUUCCUCUUGGUGGGAAUUAAGGCUGACUGAAGGAACAGAUUUGCCACAAUCUGGGGUCAAGAGUAGGAGUUGUCAGGCUAUUCAGUCCUGUCAUGAAAUUUGUAGUCAAUUUCUUUUUAAUGUAUUUGGAUAUUCCCCACCUUCCAUAAAACAGAACAAAAGGAACAGCCUCUUCAGUCAUCAUCCUUUAUCAACUUCUCUUCAUUACAAAAGGGAUUCUGAUUUAGAGAGAUAGAUGUAAAUUGAUGAUGUCCAACAAGGAGAGAAACCUUGUAGGCAUCUCUCUAUUAUGCCUUUUUCUCUCUCCCAAUCAGUGCAAAACAGCACCAUGAGCAGGUACUGUGGUUAUUCCCAGGUGAGGAAGAGUCCUGGACCUGAGCCAACUGCCUUAUCAGGCUCAUUACCCUGGGCUCAAGCACGAUGACAUGUCCCAGGUGGUUGGGUAGUUUGCAGUUUUAGGAUUUGGCUAUGUCAGCAGAGGGGUUGGAUAGAUGGAUGCUAUACAUUUGUCAGUCCUGGAUAAACACCUGUCUGGGAAAUCAAUGAAAUUGUGCACUUAAAGGAAAAAAGAAAAAGAAAACCACAUGAAGAGUGACCAUGGAAAAAUCUUUUUUAAAAAUGUCAUUGUCAACUCUAGGAAGACAAGCCCUGAAAUUUUCUUAAACUGUUUUGGGUGUUUAGAGUGUAAACCAAGAUCCCUACAUGAAGCAAAGGCAGUAGUCACUUUAUAACCAACCACAAGCAGGCUUUUGAAGUGUCCUAUACAUUGCCCAUUUGUGUAUCACCUCUGGGCUGCCUUUUGCUGUGCUUAACAGCAGAAAGGACAGCUCCCAUGAGAAUGCAACAAGAUCAGUAAAGUCCAUCCAUUGCACUCCACUCCUUACCUCAUUGCUAGAAUAAGUCUUCGAACUGUAGAUCUAAGUCAUGGGCCCUAGACAUAUAAGUCUGUCCCUGGAUCAGCCAUGUAUUCCUGAGGCUUCCCCAGAAGUAAGGUCAUUGGGAACAGGGAAGCCCUUCAGUCUAGCAUUUGAUUUGAAUGGUUUUUACCAUGUUCCACAGCCACAGUCCUGCUCACUGACAGUACAGACAUCUCAAAGAGCAAGGGCCUCCAUUAUACACUUGAAGAUCUUGUAUCAUCCUGAGGAGUGGCAGUUGCUCAGCAACCUGUCCCCAUUAUAGCUGUGCAGCUUGCUGCUUCUGGGCCUGACCCAGAUCCCUCCCAAAUUUCUUGAGAAUUCAAGAUCAUUUAGAACUACACUAUCUGUCAGAAUUAAAAGCAGAUGUGACCCAAGUGCUGGUGGAAAUGUACCUUACUCUUUAAAUUGGAACUGCAAUUACAAUUGUAAUACAAUUACAUUAUAAUUGUAAUGAAAUUACACAGGUUGACCUUAAACAUGAAUGUACCCUACUUACUGGCUAAGCCACCACUAAGUUUACCUUCUGAGCCCUUUGGCUUUGGCAACCCUUUUGAAAGUAAAUUACAAACCAUAAUAGCAUUGUGGCUGUUGCUGCAGUGAAUGAAGCCUCAGCUUAUCACUAUGAAUGCUCAUCUUUUGACUGAGUAUAUCACAUUAAUAUUUGAAUUCAGGUAGAGGUACAGCUGUCAUUUGAAUGGAGUAAAUGUGGAAGGGAGUUUGGGAGGGAGGAAAGUUGGGGAGGGGGAGGCCAGAAGGGAAGGGAAGAGGCUAAAGAAAGAGGGUAGGCUUAGCCAAGCUGAUGAACCAGAUUUCCCAAGCAGAUCUGUAGCAUUUGCUGUUGACCUCUUUUGAGAUGGCCUCUCCCAAAUGACCCACCAAACAGCACUAAGACAUGGAGACAUAAUAGACACACAGGAUGGCUUACCCUGGUAGGGAAAGGAGUAACUAUACUUUGAAUUAAACUUGCUUUUUCCAACACUGUGAGGUUUCUGUAAUAUUUAGCUUUUAUUUGGAAGCGAUAGCGUAUAGCAUUUUUUAUGCUGUUUGGUUUAUAUUGUCUCCUGCAGGCUUCUUUAUAUAAGCUUUGCCCAGGGCUCACUCUCUGCUAUACACUGUUUUAAAGUGUCUCAGCUGCCAGGGCCACCAGAGGAGGUUCUGAUGUAGAGUUAAGCUCUCGAGGCCCAAAUUGUUAAUCAACACAAUUGGGAACUAUGUUUUUCGUGGUGACGGCAAAACCCAUUUACCCCAAGAGUUAAGGAUAGUAAACCUGUUAAAAGGAAAAUAAGAAUCGUGCCUCAUCUUUCACUGAAUCCUAUAUUUAUUAUUCUAGAAUUGUAGAAAUUAAAAGAUAGGACUAAUAGAGUACCUAUUCCAUUCCACUGGCCAGUCCAGGGGAAAAUUGUUUUUAAAAGAUAAAAAAGCAACACAAUGUGAUAGGUUAAUACAAAUACUCAAAUUUAAUUUUAAAAAAGUAGUUUUAUACCAAAUAAUUAUAAGGAUUAUUAAGCUGAUUAAAGAAUGUGUAAAGUAAAUGCUUAACUUGGCCAAGCACUGAUCAAAAUGAUUUUAAAAACCUUUUUAAAAAUUAGAUGAUACAGAAACAUGAGAACUACCACCCAAGGUACCCUGUUCAGACAGGACAAUGGUUUUAAGAGGUCAAGAUAGCACUGGAAGCUAAGUAAGAGUAGACUUUGUGCUAAAGUUAUGAAAAUGAGGGCUUCCUUCCACUGGGUAAGUCAGCCCAAAUUUCAAAGCUCAAAUGAGAUAAGCAUAAAAUGCCCCCUUUUAAUUUAUAUAAAUCUUGAACAUAGACAAGUCUCAGUUGCAUCUUGCUUUUUUAACAUGAGAAAAGACAGGAACCAAGUGAGACUUGUAAGGAAAGGCCACCAAAUCUAAUCCAAGUUCUACUAACUGAAACCUCAUGGAUCCACUUGGCUCCAAAGAGCAAGUAAGUGAUUUUAUUAAAAUCUCAUUCCCAAAACAUUUGCCACUUGGCCAGCAUAUUUACUUUCCACUAUGAUGUGCUUUCCCAGAUGAAGGCAUUCUGGCCCCAAAAGGUGUUUUACCUCAAACUAGUCUGAUCUUGAUAUUUUCAUUCACCUGAGGCAAGCAUGUGUGCUACGUUAAAUCAACAAUUAACCCUCGGGAAGUCAAGAACUGAAGCCCUUAUAGAACAGGCAGGGCCCUUGCCAGCUUAGAUUCAGCCCCCUUCUCAGGGUAGGAGGCAGCACCACACUGUAAAUUUCCACAUGUCUCUCAAAAUGUCAAAAAUAAAAUUGGAAACUGUAGAAGUGUUAAUGUGUCCUAUGGACUCAAUAGCAAAGUUUAUUUUUAUUUUGAAUGGCAAGGUUUCUUGAGUCAAUGAUUGUAAAAAGUUCCCUCUCUGGCUUGCUUCAUUCCAGCCAAAUGCAAGAAAAGACCAUGCAAGUUAGAGUUGGCUGGCACAACGGUGCUCUUAGCCCCAACUGGGCUCCUGUAAGCUCAAGCAGAGGUUGACAGUAGUCAAAUAAUGAGAACUUUUUUGGGGGGUGGGGAGGGUGGGAGGAAGGCCAGAGCAGGGGGUUGGGGGUGGGGGGAAGGGAAUUUGCUUUACUUUAUUGAUAAAGCUUUGUGAACUAAUUUUAUACAAAUCAUGAAAUUUGGUGCCUUGUACUCAGUUAUGGUUUGCAUGGGACAUGAGUUUUAAGGAAAGAAUCCUUGUCAUUCAAGUGACAAAGGAGUUUGUGUGGUUUUUCAAGGACUUUCAAUAUCCCAGAUUUUUUUUUUUAACAUUUCAUAUCUGUGUGGAUGCAAGUUGUUCUUACCAGCAGUUUUCAACUUGGUGUUGUUUUUUAUUGUAUGUGUCCAAGAUCUUUGUAUUUGUGAUUAUUUAAAAGCAGAUUCUAAUCCUCUCCCUCACUCCACUCAACCUGUCUGUUGCAAAUGAUAACUCAGGCCUUUUCUAAUCAGGAUGGGGGGACCAUCCAUCCCAAAUACAUCCCAUCUUUCUUAGGAGACUUGUGUUCAGUCUAAUUUGGGAAGAAGUGCUUUCCCAGCAAGUUGGUCAGAACACAAAUUCUGGAAAGGCCUUUCAGUUUCUAACAAUGGCAAACGGUUAAAAGGAACCCCAAGUUGGUUCCUCCUGAAAUACGGAGCAAGUGUGAACUGAAGUUCUUUGCACAGAAUUCCAAGCAACAAUGUAAUAAAUGCAACUAUCCUCCACAUGUGAAAUGCUAGUUAUUAUAUAGACCCAGCUGUAUUAUGGGACAGCUCAACAUUCUCUUCCCACUCACCCUUCUCAUCCCCAUCCCCUAAAUAACUUGGAGAAGACAACCACAAAGCAGAUCUAUUGUGUUCAGUAGAAUAACCAACUGAGGAAGAUAACCUUCCUUAGAAAUUCUCUGAUCUGUUCAUUUAAUCCUGAUGAGUAGUGUUAACACUGGAUAUGUGAAAGGCACUCCAUGAGAUGUUUUAAUAACCUCAUUUAAAACCCAUUUGAUGAUUUGUGUCUUGUCAGUUUUGUGAGGGUGGUAUCUCAAAGCUUCCAUAGCAGUAUUCCUGCCAGGGAGGCAUGCAAACACCCACACAGUGGAUUUUUGAAGUAUUUGCUUUCAUCUUAAAUGCAAAAUUUACUCUUUAGCAAAGGACUUUUGACUUCAACCAUCUUUGUACAAAGUUACAUGAACCUCACUUAAAAGCUUUCUGUGUGCUAUAGCCACACUUAAUCAAAGGGUGAGGGGUUUUUUUUUUUGCUAUCUUUUCUACUUCCUGUAUCUUGGAUCUCAGAAAAUAUUUUCCAAUUUAAUAUCUAAGGGACCACAUUAAGACAGCAUUUUAAAAAAUAGUGUGAAUCACAACCGAUGUAAAACUGAAGGAAAUGCAUUAAUAUACAUUAUUUGGCUUGGAGAAAAUAAAAGGUAUAUAGCAAAUUGCAGUAAAAUCUUAAUUGAUAAUGGGGUAGGAAGUAAAAAUCAGCAUAGUUCAGUUCCUGGUGAACUGAUUUAGUUCCCUUUUGGGAACUGUUGGUUCAUUACUUAUACAGGCACCAAAUUCCUAACUUUUUAGGACCAAUUUUAUAUAAAUCCUCCCCAUCUGCAUUGUUGCAAAUAAGCCCAAGUUCUCCAAAUAAUUUAAAAUAUCUAUUAAGGUGCUGUUAAGAUUAAAUUUUAAUUGAUCUGAAUGGAGCUACUUUUAUUUUGAAGUCUUAAGAACUUUUACUGAACUUUUAUUCAUACUUCAAAUUUAAAGCUACAAAUAGAUCUGAUGUUUGAAAUAAGUUUUUGUAGGCUAUAAAUUUUAAGACAAUGUAUUGGUUAGUGUCCUGUUAGCACUGGGUCAUCCUAUUGCCUAGAAUGCCUACUAUGGCUUAAUAUAUUACCUGCCUUUAGCACUGAUGGCAGUAGCCUCAAACCUGAUCUUCGUUCUCAUCUGUAAUGCUUAUUCUAACAUUUUGUGGAUUUGAGGACAGCGCAUCACUAGUCCUCCCAUCCCAGGAUUAAUGCAGAGUCUGGACUUUGUGGUGUGAACUUCUUGCUUAACCCAUAUCCCUGUAUUAUCUACUAAACUCAUGGUUUCCUCUUAAUAUUGUUUUUGCUGCAAGGGACUUGCACAUUUUACAGGUGAAAAAAAUGAGACCCAGAAAUAAGGUUGCUUAGUGUCACUUUCUCAGUGUUCAGUGCUCAGCUUUCUUUUCACAGAAAAGCACUAUCUUUUUUGGAUAUUCUUACUGAGAGUGCUAGGGCCUAGGAGGAAAAUCGUGUCCAGUACCUAUUUUUACUUUAGACAUGUGGCAUGAUUGCAAUGGAUUCUAACAAUGCAUGAAAGAAAAACUAUAUUCAACCAUCUUGAGGCAAAGACUCUAGAAUCUAUCUCCUACUGCACAACAGAUGCUUAAGUCAGUUGAGCUGAAAGCAUCCCCCAUUCAUCCAGCAUUUUGGAAGUACCAGUUCAACAUAACAUUAAAUGGCUACUGUGUCCAAAUCACUGCACUAAAUAAAAGGCACAAACUUGCCUAAGUGUAUGAUACUAAGUAUAUAGCUAAAGCUAAAUGCAAAAAUUUCAGAGCCAAGGACUCAAAUGGAGCUUCCAAAUAUAUAAUGAAAGGAGUGGAUUUCCAAAUUAAAGCUUUGAUGAACCCAGGUGAGAAUUAUAAGUGACUAAAGUGACUAAGCCUAACCUAUUCUGCCCAGCCCUUUUCCUCCUCUACAGAGGCUUGCAUUCCUUUCUAAUAACAACUUGGACCUGUGGUGGCGAACCUAUGGCACACAUGCUAGAGGGGGCUGCUCCCUUCCUCUCUCCAGGCGUAUCCGAGAACAUUUCUCCUAUCACCUACUCACCUGCUCCCCUGCCCCCUUCCCCAAUGGAAGAAGCCCUUCCCUCCACUGUCUAGAGUAGGGGAAGACAUAGGCAGGGGGUGGUUCACAUGCAGCCUGAGGGUUGCAGUUUGAGCACUUGGUCUAAAAGGUUGACCAUCACUGACAAGUCUAUAAUGACCUCAUCUGCUCCAAAACUGAAACUUCUGAAGUUAACUGAGGUAGCAUCUACAUUUUUAAGCAAUGGAAGAUUCUUAUUCUGAGUUCUCUCUAAACCCACUCCUUGCAUAUUCUAUUAAAAACUUUGAGUCCAUAUGUUCUAUCUACUUUCACAUUAGAUCAGCAUUGUCUUUUUCAAAUGGAGUCAUUUUCAUGCACCUUUGCCCUGUCUCCAGACUUCAGCCUGUAUUCUAGCAAAUGUCCUGGUGGCAAUUCUAAAACCUGCCUAAAGCACUAAAAUGCUAUGCAACACCACACUGGCAUCCCACCCCUCUGAAAUCCUGCUCAAAAUUUAAAUUCUUAAGUGAGUUUUAUCCCACAAUUACCAACAUCAAUUUCUAGUGGUUGCAGUUUGCCUGGUCAAGACUUUUUAGUUUUGUUUUCCCUUUAAGCAGCUGACAAGUCCCAUCUUACAACCCAUGAUGAGGGCCUGUUCUGUUCUCUCUUGAAUAUGAAAUAUGAAUCAUGUUUUUAUGAUUUUUGUAAAUCUUUACUCUUUUUACACCUUGUUUUUUUGUAAACUGAAGUUUCUUAUUAAAAGAAUAAAACCCAGGGUCUUAA